GAGAGCCGGGGGGCUGCGCGGGCGCGCGGGCCGCCGCCCCCGCGGCGAGGGCGAGUCGGGCACGGGGAGCCAGGCACGCCUUGCGAGCGUCUUCGCCGAGCUGAAGUGGAAGGGCCCCCCUGCCCAGGCGCCGUUGCCGGGCGCGGCCCAGACUUCCCCUGUCUGCGGCGGAAGCGGCAAAGGUGUAGCAGCACCGAGCGCCGCCAGCGGGGGGCGGCAUCAUGGCGCGGGGGCGGGCGACGCGCUGCCGCCGCUGGAGCUAGGCGCUGCCCUGGCCGAGACGGCCGAGCCAGGGGGUUGCGCGGUCGGGGCUGAGGUGGCGCUGCUUGGGCCGCUGCCGCUGGUCGAGAUGAGGGAGAGCACGACCACGCGGCGCAGGAGAUCGCCCGCCGAGCGUGGCCGGCCCACGCGGCGAGUCGCCCUGGCCGGCAAGCUCGCGAGGGCGGCCGCGGCUGAGGCGUGGGCCUACAUUGGCGCGGUGGGCCCCAACCACAUGUGCUGCGGGGUCGCUCGAGAAUCGUUCCGACUCGGGGCGACGCCGAGGCGGGCGCAGGGGGAAGCCGAGGACGCGCGCCCCCCCUGCCUCCUCGCGGGACUGGCCCCUGGCCUGUUGCAGAGGGAGCACGCGGCGACCUUGCGCGCGAUCGGCCUCGUCGACGACGAGGUGGCGCGCGGGCUGGCCGACCCCGCGCUGGCGCCCAUGGCCCAGGCAGGCCUGCCCGACCCUCUCCUGAAGACGCGGGCCAGCGACGGCUCGCAGCUCGCGCGGGAGGCCCUGGCGCUGCACCACGCGGACCUCGGGAUCGUCACCGUGCCUCGCGCCGAAGAGAGGGCCCGCGCCCACGGCGAGGCUCUGCUGAACGGGCUCGCUGGCGAGAGGAGGGGCACGCCUAGGCCUAGGGCCAGCCGCGUCGCGAGGCCCACCCUGGACAUGGUGCCUGGCAGCGCGCCCAUCGAGCCCCUCGCGGGGGUGGCGGGCGAGCUUGCUGGAUACACGAGCUGGGCGUCGCUGUGCACCCCCGAGGGGGAGCUGCUCCUGUGGUCAGGCGGCGACAAGAUGGGAGCCUUCUUCGCGUGGGGGGCCUUCUUCGCGUGGGGUGUCCCCCGUGGAUGGUACCACCACGUGGCGACGAGGCGCCCGCUGGCGGGCUCGUUCUUCGAGCGGAAGGAGCCUGCGGUGCACCGCGCGGCGGCGGUGACCGCGAUGGGCAGGUCACUGGCGGUCGCAGUGCCCCAGCCCAUCCACAGGCGGCCGCGCCGCCUGCCGCCGACGCCAGGCGCAAGGCUGCCCCCGCAGGCGGCGCGGGGCAUGGGCGCGCGGCGGCCCGUCGCCGCCGCUGCAGAGGAAAGAAGCUCGGCGUGGUGGCAGGUCCGCACCGACGACUUCGACGCGCCCGAGAUCGUGGAGGACGUGCGCGCCAGGCGCCUGCUGGGCUCGCUGGCGGAGAUUAGGCAGCUUGUGGUCGAGCGCAUGGGGGCCGACGUCGACGGCGAGUCGAGCCGCCUGGGCGCGCCCCUGGCCAAGUCGCGCGUGGCGAUCGCGCGGUGCCUGACCCCCUCAGGCUCGAGGCCACGCCAUGGCGGUUCGCAGUGGCGGUACUCGAGUGCUCCGCUAGGCCCCAUCGAGUCCCAGGGGCCCCUCUUCAGCGUGCUCGACGAGGUGCGGAGGCUGAGUUCGCAGCGCGGCAACGGGAGGCUCUCGGCGGCGAUGCCCGAGGAGCUCCUGGCCGCCAUGCUGGUGAGGCCGACGGCCGCGACCUCGCUGCGAGGCGAGAUCGAGGGCCCGGCCAUGGUCUCGGACGCGCCCGAGUUCGGCGGUGACGGGCGCGCGUCGGUGGACCUCAGGGCCCAGGCGGAGGCCAGCCUCAGCGGCGCCCCGACGCUGGGUGAGCAGAUGCACCUGGGGGGUCGCUUGCUGCAGCUGCUCGCAGAGCUCGCAGGGUGGUGGAGCGGCUCGGGCCCCAGUGCCUGUUCAGGUGUCACAGCUGCCGACGGCGGGCCAAAAGAUUGAGCUCACCUUGGCCCGCAGGCGUUGGACCAGCAGCCUCGCAGCCCGUGCAUGUGUCAAGGACGCGCCGGCCGACUGCGAGCG